AUGUUUUCUCUUCUACUUAAUAUUCUUGUAGGUCCUAAAUGGGCACAGAAUGGAGUGACUAUUGCUGGAGGUAACGGGUAUGGGGAUGCCAUUAAUCAACUCUGGAGCCCUUGUGGUCUCUUCGUUGAUGAUGAUCAAACAGUGGUCAUUGCUGACUACAGUAAUCAUCAUAUCAUGCAAUGGAAGAACGGUGAUACAACAAAUGGACAAGUUGUUGCUGGUGGGAACGGCGCAGGAAAUGGAUUGCAUCAAUUGAAUAAUCCAACUGAUGUAUUAAUUGAUAACGAGACGGAUAGUCUCAUUAUUUGUGAUGCAGAGAAUCGACGAGUUGUACGAUGGUCUCGACGUAGUAGUACAACACAAGGUGAAAUACUCAUCGACAACAUCCAAUGUUUGGGAUUAGCAAUGAAUGAGCAGAGAUAUCUCUACGUUUCUGACAUGGAAAAACAUGAAGUAAGACAAUAUCAAUUAGGUGAGAAGAAUGGCACUCUCGUAGCUGGUGGCAAUGGUAAAGGUGACGGACUCAAUCAACUCAACGAGCCGAGAUAUCUCUUUGUCGAUCGAGAUCAUUCCGUGUACGUAUCAGACCACUACAAUCAUCGUGUAAUGAAAUGGAAUAAAGGUGCAAAAGAAGGUAUUGUGAUUGCUGGAGGACAAGGCCAAGGGAAUGAUCUGACACAAUUAUAUUGGCCUGAAGGAAUGUUCGUUGAUACAUUGGGUACACUCUACGUAGCGGACUCGUGGAAUGAUCGUGCAAUGCGUUGGACUCAAGGAGACAAGAAACAAGGCACUGUAAUUGUGGGUGGAAAUGGCGAAGGAGCAGGAACAAAUCAGUUCAACGUCCCCAUUGGUUUGUCUUUCGAUCGACAAGGUAAUCUCUAUGUCGCCGAUUAUAAUAAUAAACGUGUUCAACGAUUUUCUAUCGAAUAA